AAAUUAAAAUUGCGGCAAAUUCGCCCAGUGAAUGACUCAGCAGCGAUCACUCUCGGAGAAGUACAAUCCAAUAAAGUUUCCGCAGAAAAGCACUCAGUGCCGUUGUGAGAGUGCGAUCACACUCCUACUCGGACUGUAACUUCCCAAUUAUAUACCUAACCAAACCGAUGGCCGCCGUGAAGCGCGACGGUGAUGAUGGCGGCCCCGACGACGACGGGGAGCUCCGGCUGAUAGCCAUGCGCAAAGACGACUCAUCCUGGCAAUUCUGCAGAAUCUCUCUCUGGUAGUUUCAUUUGUUUUCUCUAUUCAUUUCAAUUUCCCACGCUCUGGUGGACAUCUCAAAAUCAAUUAUGCAUUUCUGUUCUGCUGAAACUUAUAUAGCUUUUCCGGCGAUUAGUACGACUAGUCAUGGCACUUAUGGCUUGGGCGGAGAAUUUUAAGUGCUUUUUAGUAAGACUAAACUACCUACAUUGUGGUUUAACGGAUUGAUUCAACAGCUUUGACUCUGCAUUGGAUAAAUUCUCGCUGAAAUUGUUACUUUUUGGUUUGGCAAUUUGAUUUUUGGACUAUUAAAUGCUGUCCCCAGAUAUUUUGAAGGACCUUAUUUAAUUAGAGUUGAGGUUUAGAUGAUAGCUUCAGUAAAUGCAGUUAUUUAUUAGUGUUGUUGUCGAUGAAAAUCAUAUAUGAUCUUAAUGUUCAUGGCAUUAUUAGAAAGGGGGUGUGGAACGUAAGAUGCUUACUACGGUUACAAAGGCCCCUGGUUGAUAGGACUACUUUACACCCCUGCUGCUAUUUAUCAAAGUUAUAUGAUCUUUGCAUCCCUUCAUGAGGACAGCUCUAUUUGCUUGAUAACAAUUAGUUAUAUGCCUUAUCAUUUACUUACAGUUCCGAUCGAGUUGGUCUUAACGUAGAGUAUAUGAAAGAUGGCUCCGGUGAUGUAAUUAUGACUAAAGAAGAAGCACUGGCAAGGCUUCGCCUUUGUUCCCCUCCUUUGCAACUUGAGCAAUGCACUCUCAUUGGACAAGGAGAACGUGUUCUUGCCAAUCCAAAGUCACAAGCUAAGGAUGUAUUUUUUGAGGCGGACGUAGAGAAGCGGAUGAAUGUAAGACAUACACGGAAGCAGUGCAGAUGUACUUUUGUAGUGAGGUGGGAUCAUCAAAUGCGUGAUGGAGAAACCGCAGUGCUUCCCCUCCCUGCAAUCGUAAAGAUGUUGACUACAUGCAUUGACGUCCAUCCUACAAUUGCAGCUUUCUUUAAUAUUCUAGCAAAUCCGGGAUGUAACUUGUCACCGGUAUCAACUCUGCAUGAAGGAACAAAGGACGGUGAAAUGGAUGUUUUCAAACUGGAAUCUGAUGCUUCAAAUUGUGAAAUGGAUGCGCUUGAGCUCGAAAAGCAAAUAGAAUGCAUAAGUAAAUCCGCUGCUGCUUCUGAAAUGGAAAGUUCAGAAAAGUUAGUUUUUGGAGUUCAAGCUGAUAAGAAAUCUCAAGCUCAGGACAAUUCACCUACUACUCAUUCAAGCAUCUUCAGAUCUCAUUUCUUUAGUCGGAUGGAGGAGAAGAUACAGCAAAACGCACCAACUCCUCCUCUGAAGGAUCCAAUCAUCAAAGAGGACUCUGUAAAAAGGAGGACCUCAUACAAUCCACAAGCUUCAAUAGCAUAUUUUGCUUCUGAGAAGUUGAAAAUUUCUGGAAGUCCUGAAGGUUCAUCCACACUCAAGGGUGCAGAAGCCUUUAAAUCUAAACCAGGUGUCUAUGUGAAUUCAAAAGGUGGUACACCUUACAAUGUUUCUUUGUUUGGUAAUUCCUCCAAUGCGGAGGACCACCACAUAAGAAAAAAAGCCGCAUUGGAUAAAUCUGUUCUGAAGAAUAAAAGCAUUGUAAAGAAACUCUUCUCAAUUGAUGAAGCCAGUAAAGAUCAUAGGAUAUUGGAUGAAUUAAGCGUUGCAUCAGAUCGGGAGCAGAGCAAGAAAAUGCAUUCCCAGCCAGAAAUGGUGAAUGAUAUUUCUCAUGCAACAAAUGAGAAGAUGAAGAAGCCAAGUAGAUCAGCGAGAAAGAUAAGCCCCAAAAUCUCUGGUGAUAAUGGUGAGAUUACCUGCAUAACAAAAGCCAAAUUAGUGCCUUCUUCCGUAAACACAAGAAGGCUGACUCGUUCAGCAGUUCGUAAAAUGGAGGAAAACAAUAUAAACAAAGAAAAGCCCUCAUCAAAUCGGGAUACAGAUUUGUUACAAGAUGAAGGAACAGUGGUUUGUACCAGUAAGGAAGAAACAGCUUCAACUCUUACUACGAAAAGGAAAAGACAAGAGGAAAAUGGGGUCACAAAUCAUGAAAAAGAGCGUGAGACCACAACCCAUUUUGUGGAGAUAAAGGAACCAAAUAACUUGAGAAGAUUGACACGGUCUGCAGCGCAUAGGCAGACCGAAAACAGUGAUAUGGAGCCUCGGAAAAAAUUGGAGGCAACCGAAUCAUCUAGUGCCGUAGAAGGAAACAUCCGUUUAGAGAGCAGGGCAUCAGAAAGGGAAGCCCCGAUCAGUUUAUGUUCCCCAACUGCAGGAAGAUGCAACAAAGUGCAGAGGUUGGCCUCUGUGAAAGUUGUGCUUAGUAUAGAAGGUGGUGAUGAUCCCACAGAUUACACAUGUAGCAAUAGAGUUACGAGGAAAUCAGUUACUGCCAAGAAGCAACAGCAACGUGAAUCGGCCCUUCUCCUCAGAUCUCGUCCUAGGACACGAUCCCAGGAUAAAUCCUGAAAAUCAUGGAACUAAAAGGAGCCAUCAUUCCUGAAAUUCCCUUUGGCACUGCCUGCACUUUUCAGUCCUCUUCCGUAUUGUAAGGUAUGCAUCAUGCAUGGCGAAUAUAGGAGUUCAAAAUUUCUGCUACUGUUUUGUUAAUAAACGCGGCAUUGGACUCUAUUUAGCCAUCAAACAAUAACCAUUAAGGUAAAUGUAGCUCAUGUGUACCUAAGUCACCGCCCCAUGCUAACAUAGUUGAACAACAAAUUUAGCUUGUCAGUCAAUACUCAGACAACCUCGCUCUCUGGUAAGGACAAUGUAGUAAUUGGGGGGUAAUGAUAUUGGUUAUCGGAGGUCUUUUGAGAACUAGAAGAACAAAAAUCUCGUUAGCGAGGUUCAGAGGGUUAUACGUUGAGUUAACACAUCAAAGCAAGUCAGAUUACGGAAUCCAAUGACCCUUUCGAUCAGUUUCUUUUUUGCCACCAUUAUGCAGUCAGGUAACUUUAGGCCACAAUCUAUGUAGGAUCCUCAACUUUGGAGACACGUAGGGAGUUUACGCUAGUUAGCAACGCUGUAGUACAAGAUAUUUUCGACCAUCUUUCAACAUCAAACUUCUGUCUGUGCUCUUUAUUCUUAUUUACUAUUAUUCGGCGA